GGGAGGUAGGGAAUGAAUAGGAAAUCGUUCUCGAGGGAUAAACAACAUAUUUUGCCGAAUUAGGCUAAAGAGAGCGAACGUAUCAAGUGUUGCAAAUUCAAAUGUGGGAACUGCUCAGCCCUCAAACGAAUUGAACGGAUCCGCACGAAGCAAUAAUCUGGGGGAUUUUAAUCAAGCGAACUACCCCACAACCGUUUUUUUAAUGCAUGCAUUUCUAGCACGGAUGAACACGCGUCAUCAUAUGUAAAAACAUGUAUGGUUUUUUUUUUUCCUCCAGAAGGGAACCAUUAGCUCAACCGACCAGUUGUGUGAAAUGAAUUUGCUCUCUCCCUGGAACGCGCUGGAAAUGUAUGCACGUGUGUCUUUUGUCAGAUAUUAAACUGUGUGUGAGGCUCACACACACCCAGAUCUUAAUGCAUUAACACAGCAACUCCCUCUCUGAAGGAUGUAAACAUCAAUAAAUAAAUACGUUACGCGACAGCAAAAAGGGGAUUUGAAGCUGUGUAGUUCACCGGUUUAUGAAACGAACGGAUCAAUGGAGCAUCAUCAAUUCACUAUCUUGAAGACACUGAACGUUUAAAAUGUCAGGUGAUCAAGAAACCUCAGUGAAUAGGUAGCAUUAUUACUUAAAUAUAUCUGCAGAAUUACUGUAAGCAUUUUCAUUAACCCACAUUUGUGUUGAUGCAGCUCGGAGCAGCGCUUGGUAGCUGAGGCAUCACGAAAUGGAUGGAGCGACCGUAAAGGAAAGUACACAGGGGAAGGGAAAAUAAUGCUAAGCUAUCAGCGGAGACAGAAGAAACUGGGAUGGAGUGGCAUUGUCAACAGAACCGUCUUUUUUUCGUUCAGUCGUCGUGACAUCUCUUUCAAAAACAAGUAGCAUCGUAGAUGAAUUAUUGAAUUAGUAAAGCUGCUAACGAGCGUUAGUUAUUUAAAUAAAAACACCGGGAAGACUUACCCCAAAAGCAAAGAGGGGGUAAUUGUGGUUGCGAUACAGAUACAAACAAAACUGUAAUAAUUUUUUAUCGAUACUGGGGGUUUAUUUCAGAAGAAGCUUUCGUUUGGAAUCCCUAAGUCAUUCGGCUGUGUUUGGGACACACUCCCAUAGACUUGCUUUCUCAGCAGUUCACAGUAUGCCAGCGUUUGCGCUGUGGGCUUUUUGGCUCGAGUUGAGCAUCGGGGCUGUGGCACUUGAUUGAAGUCGGGUCGGCCGGUGCAUGCCGCAGAGCCGCGCGGGGACGCCUUCGGAGCCUUUGGUGAAGAGCGCAGGAGACUGGUGAAGGGUGAGCUCCCCGGUGCGCGUCCAGCGAUCGUGCCAUGGAUGACUCGGGGAUUAUUCGGCGCCGGAGGUUGCAGAAGGAUCUUCCUCUGCCCCGAAAAAGCAGCAGCUGCCGUACCAGUAACAGGAAGAGCCUUAUCUUGACGAGCACCUCCCCCACCCUGCCCCGCCCACAUUCGCCACUUCCAGGCCACAUUGGAAGCAGCCCUUUGGACAGCCCACGGAACUUCUCCCCCAGUGCCCCAGCGCAUUUCUCCUUCGCCUCAUCCAGAAGCCAUGGGCACAGAACAGACAGGGCAGACGGAAGGCGGUGGUCUCUGGCCUCAUUGCCCUCCUCAGGAUAUGGGACCAACACACCCAGCUCAACGUCCUCCAGCUCCUCCCAGGAGCGGCUGCACCAGCUGCCGUUCCAGCCCACCCUGGACGAGCUGCACUUCCUGUCCAAGCACUUCGGCAGCACCGAAAGCAUCACGGACGAUGACGGGGGGCGCCGCUCCCCCCACGUCCGGCCCCGCUCCCGCAGCCUCAGCCCGGGACGCUCACCCUCCUGCUAUGACAACGAGAUUGUCAUGAUGAACCAUGUCUACAAGGAGCGAUUCCCUAAGGCCACGGCGCAGAUGGAGGAGCGCCUGGCCGAAUUCAUCCAGCAGUACUCCCCGGAGAACGUGCUCCCUCUGGCCGACGGGGUCCUGAGCUUCAUCCACCACCAGAUCGCCGAGCUGUCCCGCGACUGCCUCACCAAGGCGCGCGAGGGCCUCAUCACCACCGUCUACUUCUUCGAGCUGCAGGAGAACCUGGAGAAGCUUCUGCAUGAUGCUUAUGAGCGUUCAGAGAGCGCAGAGGUGGCCUUCGUCACAGAGCUUGUGAAAAAGCUCCUCAUCAUCAUCUCUCGCCCAGCCAGGCUUCUGGAGUGCCUGGAGUUUAACCCAGAGGAGUUUUACCACCUCCUGGAGGCAGCGGAGGACCAUGCCAAGGAGGGACACCUUGUGAAGACGGACAUCCCUCGAUACAUUAUCAGCCAGCUGGGCCUGACCAGGGACCCUCUGGAGGAAAUGGUGAACCUGGACAGCUAUGACAGUGAGGGACCUCACACUCCAGAGACAGAUGACUCUGCAGAGGGCAAGAUACGAGCCAAAAAGCCACCCAGCGAAGCUGACUUUCAGACCAUCAAGCUCAUCAGCAACGGGGCGUACGGUGCCGUGUACCUGGUGCGGCACCGGGAGACCCGGCAGCGCUUCGCCAUGAAGAAGAUCAACAAGCAGAACCUGAUCCUGAGGAACCAGAUCCAGCAGGCCUUCGUGGAGCGGGACAUCCUCACCUUCGCCGAGAACCCCUUCGUGGUCAGCAUGUUCUGCUCCUUCGAGACGCGCCGCCACCUCUGCAUGGUCAUGGAGUACGUGGAGGGGGGUGACUGUGCCACCCUGCUGAAGAACAUUGGAGCUCUGCCCGUGGAGAUGGCACGCAUGUACUUUGCCGAGACCGUGCUGGCGCUGGAGUACCUGCAUAACUACGGCAUUGUGCAUCGUGACCUCAAGCCCGACAAUUUGUUGAUCACCUCCAUGGGGCACAUCAAGCUGACUGACUUUGGCCUGUCCAAGAUGGGUCUGAUGAGCCUGACCACUAACCUCUACGAGGGACACAUAGAGAAGGACGCCCGCGAGUUCCUGGACAAACAGGUAUGUGGCACCCCAGAGUACAUCGCCCCGGAAGUGAUCCUGAGGCAGGGGUAUGGCAAACCGGUGGACUGGUGGGCCAUGGGCAUCAUCCUGUAUGAGUUCCUGGUGGGCUGCGUGCCCUUCUUUGGGGACACGCCCGAGGAGCUGUUCGGACAGGUCAUCACAGAUGACAUUGUUUGGCCGGAGGGUGACGAAGCACUUCCUGCUGAUGCACAGAGCCUGAUCUCCACUCUGUUGCAGACCAACCCCCUGAUGCGGCUAGGCACAGGCGGAGCCUUUGAAGUGAAGCAGCACGCCUUUUUCAACGACCUGGACUGGAACAGCCUCCUGCGGCAGAAGGCAGAGUUUAUCCCUCACCUGGAGUCAGAGGAGGACACCAGCUACUUUGACACCCGUUCGGAGCGCUACCAUCACAUUAACUCUUAUGAUGAGGAUGACACUAAUGAUGACGAGCCAGUGGAGAUUCGACAGUUUUCCUCCUGCUCUCCUCGCUUCAGCAAGGUUUACAGUAGCAUGGAGCAUCUGUCUCAGUUGGAACCGAAGCCCUCUGUCACCAGGAGGGAGCACAAAACUCACAGAGAGGACAAAGGAACCAAGAGGGAGAGUCUGGGCAGCUUCACCAUGAGGGACAAGAGCUGGAGGACAGGAUCCCCGGAGAUGAAGCGCCUGUCGUGCUCUGAGUCCUUAUACAUGGAGGGGGACUCCAGCCCACCCUUGGGGGCCCGGCGACGGUUCUCCGCCCUCAUGGACCGCUUCGCAUCCCCACUAGAGGGUGACCAGGAGAUACCUCCACGGCAGCCCCCUGUUAAAGCCAGAGGAACCUCUCUGGAGGGGGCAUCGAUCCCGCCCUCAGUCCAAGCAGAGCAGAAGACUGCACCAAAGGAUGGCAACGGGGCCACGGCGGGAGACAAGCCGCCUCGUCCUGGUGAGGUAGCAGGAGGCACCACCACAGGUCCCACAGCUGCUGCGGCAGGGGCCCCCAGGGACACGGGAACCCCUGACCCCCUCGGGCUGCGGGCCACCAAUGACCUUGUCCUGCGGCGGGCACGACAUCAGCAGCUGUCCACCGAUGGGGAGAAGCGCAGCCCGCGACCUGGGACCAAGGUCAUCAAGUCCGCCUCUGCAACGGCACUCUCCGUCAUCAUCCCUGCAGUGGAGCAACAUGGGAGCUCCCCCCUGGCCAGUCCCAUGUCCCCCCGCUCCCUGUCCUCUAACCCCUCUUCGAGGGACUCCUCCCCCAGCCGAGAUUACUGCCCCGCAGUGAGCGUGCUGCGCUCCCCCAUCACCAUCCACCGCUCCGGCAAGAAGUACGGCUUCACCCUGCGGGCCAUCCGCGUCUACAUGGGCGACAGCGACGUCUACAGCGUGCACCACAUCGUCUGGCAUGUGGAGGAUGGAGGCCCCGCCCAAGAAGCAGGACUCUGUGCCGGUGACCUCAUCACCCAUGUGAACGGGGAGGCUGUCCACGGAUUGGUCCACACGGAGGUGGUGGAGCUCAUCCUGAAGAGUGGCAACAAGGUGACAGUGACCACCACACCCUUUGAGAACACCUCUAUCAAGAUCGGCCCCGCUCGCAAAUCCAGCUACAAGUCCAAGAUGGCCCGUCGCAACAAGAGGACGCUGGCCAAGGAUGGCCAGGAGAGCAAGAAGCGCAGCUCUCUGUUCCGGAAGAUCACCAAGCAGUCCAACCUGCUGCACACCAGCCGCAGCCUCUCCUCCCUCAACCGCUCUCUCUCCUCCAGUGAGAGCCUCCCUGGCUCCCCCACCCACAGCCUGUCAGCCCGGUCCCCCACCCAGAGCUACCGCUCCACCCCCGACUCCUCCUACCUCGGCGCCUCGUCUCAGAGCAGCUCCCCGGCCUCCAGCACCCCCAACUCCCCUGCGGCGUCCCAGCACAUGAGGCCCAGCUCCCUGCACGGCCUGUCCCCGAAACUGCACCGGCAGUACCGCUCGGCCCGCUGCAAGUCCGCCGGCAAUAUCCCGCUGUCGCCGCUGGCGCACACGCCCUCGCCCACCCAGUCGUCCCCUCCCCCCCUGCCCGGGCACACGGUGGGCAGCUCCAACACCACGCAGACCUUCCCCGCCAAGCUGCACUCCUCCCCGCCCGUGGUGCGGCCGCGGCCCAAGAGCGCCGAGCCGCCGCGCUCGCCGCUGCUGAAGCGCGUGCAGUCGGCCGAGAAGCUGGGCUCGCCCCUCUCCUCCCAGGACAAGAAGGGGGUGGGCGGGCCGGGCGGCAUGGCCAUGCGCAAGCACAGCCUGGAGGUCUCGCACCCGGAGUACCGCAAGGACUCCUUCCACAGCGAGCUGGGGCUGCAGAGCCUGCUCGAGACGGAGGGAGAGAACCUGCCCAACUGCACUCCCACCUGCCCCUCCCCCACGGCCUGCGAAACUGGCACCCUGAAGCCGGCGAGGAAGCUGGGCAGACAGGAGUCGCCCCUCAGCCGCGACGCCCUGCUGGCUGGGAGAGAGAGGCUAAGCGAGGCUUCGGAGGAGAGAAGCUGUGGGGCGGGGGUGCUUACACAGCAACCGCCCACCAAAGAGGGGACCACAGACACCCAGCGAAUGGCUACUAAAUCCUCAAUGACUGAGCCCUCCAGGGCCAAAGAACCUCCAGCAGCAGAGACGCAGCCCCCACGCCCAGCACUGCCAGUGCACAGAUCCACCCCCGUGGGGAAAUCUCCAGAUGUCAAAGAUCUCAUGUCUUCUGUGGAGACAGCAAGCACAAGCUAUGGGCCCAAGCCCCCAGAGAGGAGCCCUGCACAGGGGGGCACCCAGAGCCCAGCAGAGAAAGACCGGAAGCAACAGCAUGUGGUGGACAUGGAGAGCGGCACCAGGGGCCAGGAGAGAAAUAGACAGAAAGAGCCACAGCAGGAGGCGGACAGGAAGCCGGGUCCUGCCAGAGCCGACCCGCUAUGGGGGACCGCAGAGAAGAGGAGCACAGGUCUGGACAAAGGUGUACUGCCAGUGUCUGCCUUGACUGCUGAAGUCCUCAAGGCUGGUAGAGGCGCAGAAGCCGGAGAGGGCAUGAAAAAGGGAGGCUUAGGCACCAAUUACAGAACUCCAGAAACCAGGGCCAAGAGCUCAGUGGCACCACCCCCACUCCCAGCUCUAGCCCCGGGCAAGUCCAGACAAGAGAAGGGGCCAUCUCCGGUGAACUGCUACCGAGGGGCUCUGGACUGGGAGGAGAAGUGUCUCCUGGAGGUGGUAGAGGAGCACUCUCCGUCCCCUACCCCGUCUCCCACCACGGUGUCACCCGGGUCCAGCAAGUCACGGCCGGUCUCCCCGGGCGACAAGGCCAGCUUCGUCACGCAGCUCACCAGCGUGGCCAAAACCAUGCUGGGGCCCAUCAAGGGUGUCUCACAGGAGGGACUCAAGGGAAAAGACGGUCCCAAGGUGUCGGAGGAAAGGCGGGGCAGCUUGGCAGGGAGGCCUGAGGCUUCGUCCGGGAGUCGACAGACCCCUUCAGCAGCCUCUUCGGGACCAGUGAGCUCUGCUCCUCCAGAGAAGACAGACAGUCCCCACAAAUAUCACUCAUGAUUGGGCCAGCGAGAGGGGCAGGGGAUGAACCAUUGCACAAUUCCAGGCACUUAUAGGAACAUUCCAGCCAUGUGAGAAAAGACAUGAAAUACAGUGAGUCAUACUCAGAAAAAUGUAUAGAUUAAAAUAGACAAGCAAAACAAUUGUAAAGGUGCUUCAACAGCUGUUUUCAAUUGUGUAUAUAGAAGGUGUUGCUUCACCAUAUAUAUCUGAUGAACAGAUGUCUGUGUGAAUGCAUGUUCAAUAUUGUCUGUACAUAUUAAUAUCAAGUUCUGAAAAAAAAAACAGAAAAAAAAGUGCUUUACUGAACUAAAAUGCUGAAUACUGUGAACACCAAAUCCAGUCACUCUAGUUUCCAAGGUGACCAACCUAAGUUUCUGUCUGUCAUUAAUACAAGCAAGAAGCAGACGCAUUUCUGUGGCCACAGAGGGGACUUAUUGUAAGAAACAAUCCAUUAGACCAUUAGUUAUCAUUGUGGAUUUUCUGGUAAACAAUUGUGGAUGAGAAAAAAACACAAGGCAUCUCUUCUGUUGAAGACCCCAUUAUCCAGUUUGGAGUUUGGCUGACAGAUUUUGACUGACAUACAUUAACUUUCCUGGAGUUUACCUCGCAGGCCUCUCUGCUAUGAAAAAUCCAUGAGAAUGCUUUUGGUGACUCACAGCGAGGAGAGUCGUUCGGUGUCCCUGAUCCCAGAGGCCACAGUAAAGCAGAUGUGACAGGUUUCAUGAUGAAUUAGACAGUGCCUGCUGGAGCCACGUAACAUUCUCAGCGCUCCAGCUCCAGAGAGGCUGCCUGACUCAAAGGGAUGCUACUGCGCUGAUAUCAACCCUUUUGCAUGUGAAUCAAUCAGUGCCGCUAUCCUGUCUCAUCUUCGCAUGAUAUCACGGUGGCCUGUCUGUAGCCGGCUGUGUCAGGGGCCAUGUUAAUUGUAAAAGCAGCAUAAAAUAGCAUGCGUUGAGAGUCGAAGGGCACGUAACGGAGUGAUAUGUUUACUUAGACUGAGAAGA